GGGCUCCUGGGAGGUGGGGACAGGGUUAGGGCACAGUGGGGAGGCCUUGGCCCAAUUCCCAGCCCUGCCUCCUCCCCAGCCUGGGGUGCCUGGGCCUCCAGAGUCCCCUGUCCCUCCCUGCUCACAGAUUUGGGGGGCGCUUUGGUCAGCAAUAUUGUGGGGAGUUACUCCAGACCACCCUGGCCAUGCACCCCGGGGUCCCCGAAGGCUCUGGGGUCUCCGAGCCCGGCCCCCGGGAGCUGUGUGCCUUUGUGAGCGGGGCGGCCGCCCACAUGCUGCGGGCCCUGCAGCCCCGGCGCACCCGGCCCCCCAAGAGGCGGCCCAACCACAGAAGGUUUCUGCACAACCAGAUCUGCAGGCAGUUCACCAAGAUUGAGGCCGCCACCCAGCGCCUGGCCCUCUCCAUCCUGUCCCAGGAGGCACCUCCCCAGAGACCCUCGCUCCAAAAGCCACCCCCGCCGCCUCCAUCCCCCUUCCUGGGAGUGGCCUGUGCUGUGGCCCCCACUGAGGCUCCCCAUGCCAGCGCCAGCCUGAGUCUCGCUGCCCUGGACACCUCUACCCUCGACCUCUUUGACAACAUUGCGCUCACCCCAGAGUGUGCCUCAAUGCCAUGGGACUCCUCCUCUGGUCCUGAUGCUCCCCUGCCAGCGCCGGGUCUGUCCUAUCGCAACCUGGGCCAGCUGGACCUGAGGCAGGUCCCACAUUUCUGCGGCCCCCUGCCCCUUCCCCAGCAUGCCCUGGGGGAAGAGGCUGAUCUCGUGGCUCCCGACUGGGGUUGGGUGGACUGCUGGGAGGUGCCUCGUGCCUGGGAUUCUCAGGGGAUCCCCGAGGGUUGGGGGACCAGCUCCCCAUGA